AUGCCUCGAUCUGUAUUCGAAAUGAACCCUCAUAUUAUAGGAGGAGAAUUAGCUAGUUCAAGAGAGAAUGAAGCACUAACAUAUACUACGUCGCCACGAUUUCGUUACGAAAGAAAACUUCCCACUAAAUUAAUAAGAUUAAAUAAAAUAUUGGCUGAGAGAAGGAAAGCAAAUAACGAAAAGGUAGCCUCAGCGGUAGUUAAAAGAAGCUGUCAAACGCAAAGAAAUCAGCCGAUAAGUAUAGCAGCUUGUAUCGAAUCGAGACCACCUCUCCCAUUUGAUCUAUCGGGGCCAACACCAUUAACUUAUCAUCCACCAAAUAAGCAUCCCCAUGACCGAAAUGCACCUUCUUUUUCUAUGGGUAAAAUAACCAAAGCUAGCAGAGGUGUUGUUAGCCCAGACAGCGGAGAAAAAUAUUCAAUUGGGAAAGAAUGGAGUAGCCAUGCAGAUGUCUGGACGAUAAAAACGGACUUUAGUUCUGCGUCAUGGCCAUCUUCCGCUUGCAUUGCGUUGCCAUCAACCAUAGGAGCAUCUGCUGCAGAUGAACCUUCGCCUAAUAAAUAUCAUACAGGGCUUCGCUUAAAUUCUCAGUUACAGCGAGCUCCUGCCUAUGCCUUCGGUACUGAAAAAGGGAAAAAUGUAUGGCUACGCAGAGAUAAAACACCUGGACCUGGAACAUAUAUGCCACAAAUUGAUUUAUGCAAACCGUCCUCUCCGGCCUAUUCUAUUCGUGGGCCAUCUAAUUCAAUGUUGCUGCACGAUAGAUCGUGCGAGCAUCCUAUAUCAUCGAUAUUAAGUGUAUUCGGUAUUCAGUCUGAUAGUGUAACUAUUGCAAUUAUCGAGGAAGAAUUAAGCAAUAACAUGCUAGUGGAUAUUGAUAUGCCUCAAUUUGCUUUGAUAUUUCUUAAAGUCGUGUUAAAAUGCGAGUUAAAAAUGCUCGUAUACGAAUCGUAUAGUAGGGAAAUGGAGGAAUAA